AUGUCUCUGUCACUUUCCUCCUUCAACUCUCACCCCAGGAGACUCGUGCCUGAGCCUCCUCGUCGUAAAAUUUCCGUGAAAAGAUCCUCCCGUUCUAUUUGCAGAGCUUCGUGGCAAGAGCUCGCUGGUGUGUUGGUUUUCUCGGCGAUCCCGUUCACGGCGGUGAAAGCAAUCGCAAACAGCUCACUAGGAGAAUCUCUACGGCAGAGAUUAGAAGAGAGAAAGAAAGAAGCAGUGGAGAACGCUUCAAGAUUCAAAGCUAAAGCUCAGAAGGCUAAAGCAGACAGCAAGUGGUAUGGACAAGAACGUCCUCGUUGGUUUGGUCCCAUCCCUUAUGAUUAUCCUCCUUACCUUACAGGAGAGCUUCCUGGUGAUUACGGAUUCGACAUUGCAGGACUUAGCAAGGAUCGGUUGAACUUUGAUAAGUACUUCAAGUGA